AGCAUGGCCCGCUACAGACCUUCGAGAGCGAUGGUUGUGAUGAGCAGCAUCGGCGUGGGUGUCGGCUGCACCGUGUUGUUUAAGGAGCUUCUUGGAGGGUGUCGUUACACAGGGGACGAGAAGCUGAACGGCAAGAAUGUCAUCGUCACCGGAUCCAACACGGGACUUGGAAAAGAAGCUGCUCGAGAGUUUGCGAAAAGGGGUGCUAAUGUCAUCAUGGCUUGUAGGGACAUCAAGAAAUGUCGCCGCACUCGAAAAGAGCUCAUCGAGGCCACAAAGAACACAAACAUUGUCUGCGAGGAGCUGGAUCUCGCCUCGCUCGAGUCUGUUCGUGAAUUCGUGACCCGGAUCACUGCGAAUAUUGGCAAGGUGCACAUCCUGGUGAAUAAUGCUGGUGUCAUGCGGUGUCCGAGGACCCUCACCAAGGAGGGCUUUGAGAAACAGCUCGGCGUGAAUCACCUCGGCCACUUCUUUCUGACGCUGCAACUGCUCGAUGCCAUCAAGGCCGCAGCUCCUAGCCGUAUUGUCAACCUCUCCAGCGUGGCCCACCUCAGGGGGCAGAUAAAGUUCAACGACCUCAACUCGGAGCAGAGCUACGACCCUGCCGAGGCCUACAACCAGAGCAAGUUGGCCAACACACUGUUUACCCGCGAGCUGGCCCGCAAGCUCGAAGGCACUGGGGUCUCCACGUUUGCCGUCCACCCCGGGAUUGUGAACACGGAGAUAAACCGGCACAUGGGCAUCGCAAGCUCCUUUGUGGCCACGGUCCUUGUGAAGCCCAUCCUCUGGCUCUUCACCAAGUCUCCCAGACAGGGCGCUCAGACCGUCAUCCAUUGUGCUCUCGCCGAGGGACUCGAAGCAGACAGUGGCGCAUACUUCAGCAACUGCAAGGUGGCAGCAGCCAAUCCGAUAGCAGAUGACGAAAAUGUCGCAAAGUGGCUCUGGGCAACCAGCCUGAAGUGGACAGGACUUUCUUGACCCUUUUGUAGUCAACUAUUUCAAGACGUUGCAGUCUCCGAACGUUAAUAUAUACGUAUAUAUAGAUGUUGUUUAGAACACUUUCUGACAUCAUUGAUAGACUCCUUAACAAUAAAAUAAUUUUGACGAAAAUAACUCGUUUGUGAUUUCUUACAUUUUCAUUUUAUUUUCUGAACUACCUGCAAUCGGAAUUGCAGUGGUGAACAAAACUACAUUAUAGUGAUUGUAGGUUCAGUUGCACACUAAAGGCUGAUUCACAUAUUUGCAUUUGGCUGUGACCGAGUGCGGUCCAACUGCUUGUCACGUGAUGUGGUUGUGUGACAGCGAGAUCCGACGUUGCAAAGUGACAUCACGGAGGUUCUGUAAACGAAGUGCCUUUAGAUCGCCUUAG